AUGAGUAGCAGCGAAACAAUCUCUCAACAAAUCUCUCUCUUUCGCUCACUAAUACAAUCCAGACGAUUCGAUGACGGAACUCUACGCAUUCUGGAAUCAGUUUUGAUCACCAGAGACGUGAAAUCGCUGCUCGAAUUGCGUCAAAUUCUGCGAGAUUUCAUCAGACGUGAAUCUGUAUCUGUCAUUCGUAAUCUCACUAACAGCUCCGUUGAUCACAAGCUUAUAAUCCUUGAUUUUUUCGUUCGUGCUUUCGCAAUUAUCGGCGAUUCAGAGAGUUGCUUGGCGCUAAGAUAUGAGGAAUUGGCUCUACGUGAACUGCAUUCUGUUGGAUAUCAGCAGCUACAUGUUUCAUAUGCAGAAUGGUUCACGUUUGCUGAGCAUGCCAUUGAGAACAGGUUUUAUGCCAUUGCUAGAAAGGCGUGUGAGAAAGCACUUGAAUGUCUUCCAAUAAGUGAUAUGCUGAAAACAAAAGACUCAGAGGGACUAUAUGAAGACAUGGAAGUGAUUGAAAAAGUCAAGAGACUGAAGGAUAUUGCUACAGUCAGAGCUUCUUCACAAUCUGUUCAGGCACAGGCAGUCAAUUACUUGAAAAGGAAAGUAGCCAAACAUGACAAGGUUUCCACGCUUGUUGUCAAAGAAAAGCGGCUUUCAGCCAGCAUUUUGUUCAGGAAUGGAAUUAAGAAGCAUAACACACGAAAACUGCAAGAAUUGCAAAGGCUAUAGGCUAUAGCCGAUAAUUAUCAGACCACAUGGCACCUAAGGUUCAUAUGCUUGUC